GGGGUAGCCGGGUUGGCGGGGAAUUGGAAAUGACACCCGGCGGCAAAAACUGAGGGCGGAGGCUGAGCGCGGCCGGACAUGCAAUUGAAGUAACUGGGAAGGAAUAAGUCAUCGCGCCAGAACAUGGAGGAAGCGAAGGCGCUAUACAGAGAAGGUGUGAUGUCCCACCUGGAGGAGCUGGAGAACCUGUCGCGUAACUUGUCUGUGAAACAGGAGCAAAGCAGACGCCAUCGCGAGGAGGUGGAGAACAUGAAGGAGAGGAUCAUCCAGCUGAGGAAGGAGAGGGACGAGAUCAGGGCCAACGUGAAGCAGCAGGAAGCGGAGAUCCGUGCCUUCACCGCGCAGGAGCAGCCAGCGGAGGAGCACCACCCCGGAGCAGAAAGCACGCAGGACAUCGACUUAGAGAUAAGGCUGGAGGAAGUGAAAGGCAUCCUCGGGGCGUUCUGGCUGACAGGUAUCAGUGGAAAGCUGACCAAGAAGGGUGUCUGCGUAUGUUUAAGCACAGCCUUCGAAGGAAGCUACCUGGACUCGUAUUACGUGGAUUUGGUCUUGCAGCCGAAUCCGAGAAUCGAGCGCCAUUCACUUCCCGCCUUUAUCCCGCUCCAGCAGGUUGCGAAGACGCAUUUACAAAGAGAUCUCAAAAAAUUCCUCUCGGUCUUGUUUGAGCAUCUGAACGCUUAUGCAGGCAGAAAAUACCAGGCUGACCGGCUUCAGGCUCUUGAGAAGAUUUUUGUCCCUGGGACCUUGCAGAGGAAUUCUUUAUGCACUUUGAUCACCUUCGAAUAUAACGUUAAAGUGGAGGAGGCGACGGUUUGCUUCUGUGCGAAAUUACUUUAUGGCGACAUCACUCGCACCCUUCCCACCGAAGCCACGGUCACUUGCAAAGAUCCUGCGCUAGCCAUGCAAGAUACCGCAUCAUCUCACUCUGCCAUGUUCACCAAAAAGCCCCUUCAUGUAGCUCUGGAUUUUCUAAAGGCAGCCAACGAAAGCCUGGUCCAUACAGACGCUUCUUUAAUCGGAUCACAAUUGUUCUAAUCGCUGCGUGAAUAGCGGGGGUCCCGUCCACCCCCCAGGUUUUCACCUCUAUCCUUUCCAAUAAAGCGCUACAUGUUAUUGUAAA